UGGACUUUUUGAACCUAAUCUGAUUUCGCUUUAAUUGUUGUCGUAGUUUUCAAUGACAUAUUAUAAAUUUUACUUCAUUUUUCUAAUAUUCCCUAUAAGUUUAUUCGAAUGUGUUCCAAAAUUGAACAUCGAUGUUACCAAAUACGGCAUUUCUAAGGAAGAUGUUAUUAAAUCUCCAUACUAUAAAAAUAAGGCAUUCCACGUAGAAAUGAGCACCGAGGCCGGCGAGGAGCUGCUCGAGCAUUGGAGCACACAGGGAUUUUCUGGAGUGAUUGCAGCAAUUGCGACACGAAGAUUACCCCUGGUCGAACAAUACCAUCAAAAGUCCCAUGAAAAGUGUACAUCUGCAGCUGAAACCAUCUCGGAGCAUGCUUCAUGUCUUCUGCAGCUGGAGAGGCUUGCCCAUACAAAUAUGUUGAGAAAACGGAGGAAAUUUUUCCAUAAAAAAUUGAGGCGCCAGAUUCGGGAUAAGAAAAUACAGUUCAAAAGGACAAAACGACGGCGACGAAUAAAAAGAGGGGUUCCUGCGAAAAACAGAAGAAGAUACACGCUGAGGACUGAAAAUGAAAUGUCCCCUUUAGGCGUUCUUGCCAAGCAUCUUUCUCACACACUGAGGUUGAUCAAAAAUAAGAGGACAACUUCGAAGUGGGAGGAUACUAUUUCUCGAAUAUCUGAGAAAGCUUCACAAAUCAAGCAGCAAAAAGAUAUGGAACGGCGAAUUCGGAAGCAGAGAGGAUACGAGCUCCCGGAAGAGAAACCUGUGCCCUUGGAUAAAGACGUCAGGGAGCUGAUCGAUUUGGAGAAGUACAUUGGAGAUGAGGAUCUGAAGUCAAUGGUCCGGCACAAGUCAGGGAACUUGACGGAGCAAGACAGGGCCAUGUUGAUUCCAAUGAGACUGAUUAGAGGAGCUGCAAAGCUAGGACUAUCCAUGACCGGGUACAACACAACUGAUUUCGAUAGGAAGGUGGUGCGAAUUUUUAGCCCAAAAUUGAUGAGUGUGGUUCCGGAAAGUGAAGAGGCAAGGAAGAAUGAGAUAGACAUCCUCUCCCCGUCUCUAUUCUCACUACAUGAUGACGGCACUGCUGAUGAGAAGGAAGUAUCUUUACAAAAUCUACUCGGCUCCCUCUCGACAAACAAAGACACCUCUCAACUCCUCGACUUUAUCAUUGAAGCCACCGGAGUCGAUGAAGCAAUGGAAAGAGUCGAGACAAAAAUCGACGAAUCUUUCGGAUCAGAACGUGGUCCGGAAGGUCAGCCGCUAUAUUUCACUAAGGAAAAUGUUACUGCAAACUAUCCACAUGAAGCUCAAAAAUUGGAAAUUUUUGAGGCUCUAGAUAGAACCUAUUCAACGUCACAGCUCAAUGAGAUGAACAGAACGGGAUAUGCAAUUAUGAGGCAUGAUCAAAUGGAUUUGAUAUACGGAGACCAGUCAAUUGCGAAAAAUCCGAAAUUUCUGAAACAAGCCAAAGCAUUGAGCAGGGCAGAGAUUGAUCGUAGUAUAAUGAGUACUAUAAAAGACUUGGCGAAGGAGAAAGUAAAGUUUCAAGCGAGAAGGAAUGAUAUUGUUCUGUCGCCAGUUACAUUUUCCAACUUUGUAUUUGAUCCAGUGUCCGUGUCCCAACCAACAAUCCUAUCGCCAAUCCUCAUGACGUCUUUAAUAGGAUCGCCUGCAAUUUACGGAGUCAUGAUAUUAUCCCCAUGGCUGAUGGUUCCAGUCAUCCUCUCACCUCGUCUAUUCUCUCCGGUAGUUCUCAACCCAUUCGUUAUGGUCCCAAUCAUCCUCUCCCCAUUAGCAUUCAACCCAUUCAUUUUGUGUCCGGGAGUUCUCAACCCAUUCGUGCUAUCUCCCUUGGUCUUUUCCCCAUUCAUUCUCUCCCCACAAGUUAUGACCCCAUUGAUCUUGAGCCCAUUUUGCAUGGGUCCUCUUAUCCUGAACCCUCUUGCCCUGAACCCGUUGAUAUUAUCCCCAUUCGUGUUAUCACCAAUUAUACUGUCUCCGCAGUUUGUGUCAGCUGUAAUUCUUUCUCCAUACGCGUUGUCUCCGUCGUGGAAAUCGAAUGGAGCUGUUGUGACUGUUUUUGCUUCGCCGAGUUGGUUGAGUUAAUAGGUUGAGCAUAAGCAGUUUAUUUGUUAGGCAAUUUUUGAAAAUGAAACAGAUUUAAAUAA